AUGGUCGUGGGCGUCCCGCCUUCACCUUCCAGCAUCAUCGCAUCGCCAUCUCAACAACAACACAUAAGGUGAGCCCCCCCAGUCAUUGUCAGGAGAUCUGUGCGCUCAAAUCGCCCUCUGUCUGUCUGUGUCGUUUCAGGGCUCUUCGGAGCUGGGAUUCACAGUGCCUACAAGCCUGUCUAACGCAAUGGCGUCAAGGACAGAGUGUCCAAGCGAUACAGCGCCAAGGGGAGGUGAUCAAAGUGAUGGCUGGGCGAGCUUCAUGCUACCGAGGCGAAGUAGCAUCCCAGCAGCAGACGCGGCUCCAGCACCGAGACGAGUUGGUGUGA